AUGACUCAUUACAAGCAAGAGCCAACUGUGGUGCCGUUCAGUGCCUUCAACGCUGUCGAGGACGCCGUGGCGCUGCGUCAGGCGAUGAAGGGGUUCGGAACUGAUGAACAAACCAUCAUAGACAUUCUGACCAAGAGAUCCUACAACCAGAGACAGGAGAUCUCCAGAACAUACGCUACGGAGAUUGAAAGGGAACUGGUUAGCGACCUUAAAAGUGAGAUUUCAGGCAAUUUUAGCAACGUUAUCAUCGGACUGAUGACUUCUCCAGUAGAAUACCUUUGCCAUCAACUCCAAAAUGCUUUGUCGGGUGUUUACUGUGACGACAUGGCAGUUAUCGAGAUACUAUGUACUCGCUCCUGCAGGGAAAUCAAGGAUAUAAGCACAACCUAUGAGCAGUUGUUUAAUCGCCCAUUAGCAGAACACGUUUGUAGCAGAACCCGUGGAGACUUCAGGAGGUUCUUGACCCUAAUAACAACAGCCAUCCGGAACCCUCCAGAUCAUGUCUUCCCAAAGAAGGCAAAGGAACAAGCGGAGGCUCUCCACCUUGCAGGAGAAGCAAAGUGGGGCACAGACGAGGCAGUUUUCAACAAGAUUUUAACACACGAAAGCCACGAACAGCUGAGAUUAGUGUUUGAAGAGUACAAGAACAUCACAGGACGAACAAUCAAGCAGGCACUGCAAAGUGAGCUCAGCGGAUCUCUGCUGGAAGCUAUGUUGACAGUCGUUGAGUGUGUUCAGAACCCUUUGCCAGUUUACUACGCCAAGCAGCUGCACAAGGCCAUGGCUGGACUGGGAACUGACGACGCCACCUUGAUCCGUAUCAUCGUCAGUCGCUGUGAGAUUGACCUUGGCAAUAUCAAGCAGGAAUAUGAGCGACUCUUCGGGAAAACUUUGGAGAGUGAUGUCAAGGGUGAUACGUCUGGAGAUUACAUGAAGGCCCUUGUUGCGCUCAUCGGAAGUCUAAGGGAUACUGCCUAGACUAAAGAAUAUCUAAUAAGUAUGUUGACAAUCACACUGUUUAGAACUGUACAUUUAUUUUUAUAUCUUUACAAAAUACUUUUGAGGAACAUUACACAAAAAUGACUUAAGAAUUUUA